AUAGAGGUAGUUCUUCCUCUUUGUGGUGUACAUGGACACACACAGUCCACAGAGCAGCAUCAUGAUGGAGAGGAUCUUGCUGGGUGUCUUGUAUCUCUCAGGGUGCCACAUUUUCUCCUCAUGUCUUCUCCAUCAGUACCACUUUGUUGCUGAUCCUAUGAACUGGACUGAAGCUCAGACCUACUGCAGACAGACGUACACAGACCUGGCCACCAUUGAAAACACUGAAGAAAUGCAACAACUUAUCAACACAGUUCCAUCUUCUAAACAAACAUCUGACAUCUGGAUCGGUGUGUACAGUAAUGUCAGCUGGAACUGGUCAGACGGCUACAACGGGAGUGGAGCUGAUUACAGAGACUGGGGAGGACACGAAGCAAUAUAUUCUUAUGAUUGUGUUUUGAUUUACCCAAGUCAUCCAUGGCACCCACGUCCUUGCUCAGCCAUACGUCCAUUCAUCUGUAACAAUGGAACACAGCAGGAUCCUCAAUUUGUGUUUGUGGGUACACGCAUGAAUUGGUCUGAUGCUCAGAAGUAUUGCAGGGAGAACUACAGAGACCUGGCCACUGCGAGGAACGACGCUGAGAACCAGGAGGUCAAGAACUUGGUGUAUGGGUGGUGGGCAUGGAAUGGUUUGUUUAGAGAGCAUCUCAGUUACUGGUCUGACGGGAGUAACUACUCAUUCAGUAACUGGAAACAAUCCUUCAACCCAGAUAAGUCGAUCGGUAUCUUAUGUGGUGCUGCAGCCUUGGCUGAUUCAGGAAAAUGGAAGCUUUCACUCUGUGGAACUAAAUUACCAUUUGUCUGCUACAGUGUCCCUCCACCUCCUGGUGAGUAGUUUACUGUCCUUCAGUGAUGAGAGAAUUUACAUUAAAUAACAGUUACAGUCCAACCGGACUGAUACAGAAUUUUAUUUCCACAUCUCUGUGGAAACAUUGUCUCUACAUUUGAUAGCCAUUUGUGCUUGUUACGUGACUUUUUCCUUCGAGCCUGGAGAAGUAGAAAAGAAGUUUAGUGGCGUUACUUCAUGCUGUUUACAAGGUUCAUUAUUAGAACGCAGGUCAGCUCAAUUUAUGCAAAUGGGUAAUAUACUUUUCAUUGCACUACAUUUGAGUGAUAACUUUAGUUCUGGGUUACUUUGCAGAUUCAGAUUAAUAUUACAAAAUAUAUCAAUUAUGGUUAACAUAAAAUAAUCAGAAGUCUUUCAACUGAAAUCCACCUUUACCAGCUGGAACGUUACAGACACACAUCAAUAACUAUAAUGUCAUCAUCAAAUUCAUUCUACAUAAUGAGGACUUUGACUUCUGCUCCUUUAAGUAUAUUUUGAUGUUCAUACUUUUAUACUUUGACUUCAAAGUAAGAUUUUGAAUGCAGGACUUUGACUGAGUAUUUGUACACUGUGGUAUUACUACUUUUCCUCAAGUCAAAGAUGUGAGUACUUGGGUAUCACAGAACUAAACUCAUGUUUUGUUUCUCUCCUCAUUCUGUG